GAGGAGCAGCUAGUUAGCAGCUGCUGGCCAACUAGUCCACAUUGUUAACUAGUUAUACGAUUUCAACCAGCUAGUUAGCAAAGUGUAAAUGACCGCUAUGAUUGAGGAGUGAGUCCUCGCGGGGUUUUGUGGCCGGUAAGCGCGAGAUGACCGUCCGCUUUAAGUGUAGAACUGAAUACCAGAAGAGCUACAGGACGUCCCGCCCCAGAGGUUCUUCUCCUCAGCGCUGCGUCCCAUUGGCCGGCCUGCGCUCAGACCAGAUGGGUAUCUGCAGAGAGCCGUGUUUCCAGAGCAGGAGGAGGUUCUCUCAGUCCUGCGGCUCUCUGCUCUGCCCUCCAGAUCCUCCACAGAAUCACAAAACAGCGCCCCCUGCUGCAUCCCCCAGUCACUCUGCCCACAGGAAGGAGCCCCCGCACCCUCCUGGAGCUGACCCUGUACCUCCAGGAGAACCAGAACCAGCUGCGAAGCCCCGCCCCCUAAAGCCUGACAGCCAAUCACAGCUAAGCCAACCUGAUGGACAGCAGCCAGCAGCAAAUGAGCAUUACAUUGGAGACCUGAAUACAGAAGAGCAUUUAGGAGGUGUAGAGCCUCAAUCAGUUGGUGAAAACCCGAAAAGUAAAGAUACUAACCACUGUGCGAUCACACAACCAGCCACAAUGACCCCACACACACACACACACACACACACANAGAAGCUAGUGAUGGGAGUGCCAUGGUACGGCUAUGACUACCCAUGCCUUAACUUUUCCCAGGAGGGGGCUUGUUCAUUAAUGAAAGUGCCUUUCCGUGGAGCCCCCUGCAGUGAUGCAGCAGGAACACAGAAAACAUACAAGUGGAUCAUGACGCAGGUCAACGGCUCUUUGUCCGGCAGGCUCUGGGACGACAAGCAGAAAGCUCCAUACUUCAAUUACAAGGACCAGGCAGGGCAGAUCCAUCAGGUUUGGUAUGAUGACCCACAGAGCAUUUGUCCCAAGGCGGAGGCGGUGAAAUCCAAAGGUUUGAGGGGCAUUGGCAUGUGGAAUGGAAACAUCUUGGACUACAGCGAUGAACCGGUCGCCAGGCAGCAGACCGCAGUGAUGUGGAAUUCUCUCUUAGGAUGCUAAGAAGCUUGGAUACACUUGACACGGUUGCAGAAAUGUACAUCACCCCUCCUGUUUGUUGCUAGGUCAAUAUAACCCUUUGUGGCAGUAAUGGGGUGGGGCUUCCCUCUAUUCAGGGAGCAUACUUGCACUUCAGAGGUUAUUGUGGCUUUUAUUGGUGUUGUCAUUGAAUGUAGUUACACGGCAGACAUUCCUCUGUGCAAACUGAAAUAACUGAUUCUUGGAAGAAAAGAAAAGACAACCAAUCUUUUCAAUGUGACACAAACAGUAUUUUAGAUUUGAUGAUUUUGAGCUUACUCAGAUUCCUGCACUUUUUCUUGCUUUAUGCUUAUGAUAAAUAAAACAUGUAAGUUAUUGAAGUUACACAAACAUUUUUUUACUGCACCUGAGGAAAGUCAAAGUACCAACUUUGUGAAGAAAUCCAAUCACAUCAGACAUGAAAUAGUAAUACACAUAAUAAUAAAAAGCGGGAAAAGUACAAGCCCAAAACUCAGGUAAAAAAAAGAAUGACAUGUGGAAAGCACAGCUGCUUAAAAUAAAACAAAUCAGUUUUAGUCCUGAAUUGAAUGGCAUUAAAACAAAUCCCAAACAGACUUUAAUCUAGCUUGCCUUAAACAGUAGAAACC